AUGGUCGGAAUUCUCAGAAGCACAAACCAACAAGAGGCCGUGGAAAAUUCACCUAAUCUGUCGUUGUUGCAAUCGCUGAAAGCUACAGUGGAAGCAUCACCGCAGAUGUGUUUCGAUUGCAAUGCGAAGAAUCCGACAUGGGCAUUCAUCACAUAUGGGAUUUUCUUUGCAUCGAUUGCUCAUUGGGGCUCAUCGAAGCCUGGGUGUUCACAUCAGCUUCGUGAGUGGCAGAUUGAAGAUAACAAUGUAAUUGACUGCAUUGAUAUCUACAAACAACCUGCUUUUGAUCAUCCUUUGCUUAGGAACCACACAAUACAGGUUUUCAUAAGACCCACAUCAUAUCCGAAUGGGAAAAAAAGUGGAUACCUCUGCAAUCAAGAUCACAAAAGUUUUCCAGAUUCUGGCCAUGAGCAUGCCAUAGUUUAUCUGCGAGGAGGCAAUUACCAUGGAGCAUAUGCUGGCAUAAAUGUAUGGAACCCAAAAGUGAAAAAUGGUGAAUUCAGCUUGUCUCAAAUCUGGGUUAUUUCUGAUGAUUCAAACAGUAAGACCACUGCUGAAGCAGGAUGGAUGGUUUAUCCAAGUUUAUUAGGAGAUAACCAGACACGGUUCUUCUUGUAUUGGACUGAUGAUGGCUACGAGCAAACAGGUUGCUACAAUCUACAGUGCCCUGGUUUUGUUCAAACAAACAAAAAUAUCUAUCUCGGUUCCAUCAUAAAACCAGUCUCAAUCUACAGUGCAGAGCAGUUUGAUAUAACUAUUGCCAUAGUCAAGGCAAAAAUGAUUUUACAUUUGUUCACUGAAGACAAAGUAAGCGGAAAUUGGUGGAUCCAACUGCAAAACGAGCUUUUAGGAUACUGGCCUGACUCCAUCCUCACAGGUUUAGCAGGUAGUGCAUCCAUGGUGCAUUGGGGUGGCGAGAUCACGAAUUCACAAUCAGAUGGCUAUCAUACAACUACUCAGAUGGGCAGUGGACAUUUUCCCUCUGAAGGAUAUGCAAAAUCAAGUUAUUUUCGCAAUCUUCAAGUGGUUGAUAGUAGUACCAACAUUAUGGCAAACCCAGAAGGUAUCACUCCAUUUGCAGCUAAUCCUCAGUGCUAUGAUGUGCACAUCAAUGAAAAUACUAGUUCUAGCCAUGGUUACCAUUUCUACUAUGGAGGGCCUGGUCUCUCUCAAAACUGCCGAUGA